CGACUCGCCCGCCUCCCUGUGAACUUCCUCGUUGGCAGCAGCAGCUUUAGCAGCAGCAGCUUCAGUUUUAUCAGCAGUGACCGAGUCCGGCGUCGUUUCUGUCUGAGACGGACGCAGCGAGCUUCUCCUCCUUCUCUCCUCCGAGUCCCACCGAUGUCGAAGCCUCCUCCCAAACCGGCCAAACCAGGCCAAGUUAAGGUGUUCAGAGCAUCGUUCACCUUCGAACCCAGAACGCCGGACGAGUUGUACUUUGAAGAAGGUGACAUCUUGUACAUCUCGGACACAAGUGACACUAAUUGGUGGAAGGGAACAUGCAGAGGAAGGACGGGACUAAUUCCAAGUAACUAUGUGGCUGAGCAGGCAGAGUCUAUUGACAACCCAAUGCAUGAAGCAGCCAAACGAGGAAAUCUGAGCUGGCUAAGGGAAUGUUUGGAGAACAAGGUUGGAAUUAAUGGGCUGGAUAAGGCAGGAAACACUGCCCUCUACUGGGGAUGCCAUGGAGGACACAAAGAUGUGGUGGAGCUGUUGCUCGGCCAGUCCAAUGUGGAGCUCAACCAGCAGAAUAAACUUGGGGACACCGUUCUGCAUGCGGCGGCCUGGAAGGGAUACUCUGACAUUGUGGAAAUGUUGCUGAACAAGGAUGCGAGGACGGAUGUUAGGAACAAUGAGAACAAGCUGGCUCUGGAAAUGGCCACUAACGCUCAGUGUGCUACACUUCUCAAAAGGAAGCAGGGAAGCAAUGUCGCCCGCACAAUCAGCAACGCUGAGGAGUAUUUGGAUGAUGAGGACUCGGACUAAGCUGAAACGUUGUUGCUGUCUUCAUUUGGUAGUUGGCGGGUUGGGAGAGUUUUUAUUACAGACCAAAAAUGGAUUUGCUGCUCUGUUUUCAUCUGUAAUUCCAUUUUCGUUCUAUUACUUUGUACAAACACCUCAGUUCUCGG